AUGGCGCGGUCGUACGACUGUAAGAUAAUAUUCAAUGCCAGUUAUAGUCCGCACGUGAACCCGACAGAGAGGAUUAACCGUGUAAUAGGCACUAUGAUUAGGACGUAUGUAGAUAAGAAUCAACGCGAUUGGGACAAAAACCUUCCUAAAUUAGGUUUUGCUUUAAGAACGGCCGUACACGAGAUAACGGGGUACAGUCCCGCAUACUUAAAUUUUGGUUGGCAGCCGUGUAUAUCCGGAAGAAUGCAUGCCGUAGAAAAUGCCGACGGGACAAUUGCUUUCGAUGAAAGAAGGUUACUUGCUGAACACGGUGAUAAUAUGCGUGACGUAUUUAAGACUGUGCAAGAGCGUCUCGCUACGUUCUAUAGGGAAAGCGCGGAUAGGUAUAACCUCAGACAUAGGCCUUUGUCCUUACAAGUAGGGCAGACGGUUUGGAAGAAGAAUUACACGUUGUCCGAUAAAGCGGAUUAUUACGCCGCUAAGUUAGCUCCUAAGUUUAUAAAAUGUACCGUCGUCCGUAAAAUUUCUACGAAUGUAUAUGAGUUGGUGAAUAUCGGGACGCAUCGCUCAUUAGGUAAUGUACAUAUUAAAGAUAUUAAAAUAGAUUAA